GCUGUAGUUUCGUAUGCUAAAAUUACUGCUAUAUAUCUAUCGAGUCGUUAUCUGUUACCGAAUCUGAAUGUGUUGGAUUUAGUUAAAAUGUCGAUUUCGGUUGUGGUGGCUUUUUUUUUUUAAAUUUUACUUUUCAAUUUUGGUAAUUAAAUCUAGUUUUUUGUUUGAAAAUAAUACUUUGUUCAAUGGCAUGCGUAGAAUGGCAAUCAUUAGUAAACUAUGUAUGUGUUUUAGUGGAUGACACGCGCACUUGUUUUUCAGAAGCUAAACAUGUUAUUGUUGGAAGUUGCCGUGUUGUAAGGUGUCUAUAAGUGGGCUGUCUCUAAGUGUGAAGUUAUAGCAAUGAUUUUUUUUAUAUAUUUAUGAAAUAAAAGCAGACUGACGUGUAGGAGAGCAGAUCGUGUAAUUUUAGUCUUAUAAUGUGGCAGCCAAAUCCAUCUAAACCCGUGACAGGAUUUGAUAUUGGUAAUUAAUAAUAGGAUACACGAAACGAUCGCUAGUCCAGAGAUGUCCAAUCGGUGCCGGUCCUUUUAAUCGCAUCACGCGCCGGUACUCUAACCGUGAUUGAAACUUCGUGCUGAGUAACAUUAUCUUUAUGGCUAAUAAAUGACCAAGAUUUGUGAAAACUCACAGCAUAUUUAUUCGCUUUGUGUAUAGGAAUGAUUCUGAAUGACCAGUCCAAUUUUAUGACAAGGUUCCAAACUUUACAACCAUUACUUUGCCCACACUUUAAAUCUCGCUCAUUUCUAUAAUUUGACAGGUACUAGGUUUCUAUAGCGAUUUGGUGAGAAUUGAGCUGUCCAAAAGUCGCGUAACAGCUUCUGUUAAUCAUUCAUCGCCGGGCUUUCUCGAGGGGAAAUAAUUCUCAAGCCAGCAUUACGUAUUGCCUGAAUUUUUGAUGACUGUUAACUUUGAUGUGUAGAUAAAUGCAAUUUUGAUAAAUAUCUAUGAAAGUCAAGACGAGAUGCUGAUUAAAGGGUAUCAUCCCAACUGAUUAACGGUUUCUCAAAUGUGUUUAUUGAUAUUUCAAUAAUUCAUGUUUUAUCUCACAAAUUGGCAUUUCAAUCAAUAGUGGGUGAUAUUGAUAGUAUUCUUCACUAAGACCAGGCGCAUACGUAUCAAAGGCAUCAUUUACGAAAUAUCAACAAUGAAUUGUAACAGCUUAUGCAAUAACGUUUGAUAUUGUAAAAUCUUUAUAAUCGCGAGUUAUUAAUACUCGCCUUCAUUCCCGAGGAGUUUUUCUCGCAAAAUCAAAUGUUUUUUUCACGGCUUUGUUAAACACUGGCCAUUCUGCAUUCUCGUGACUGGACGCAGAUAACAACCAUUUGCAUUCUCCUUAAUUAACGCUAUUUUGCUAUUUCAUUAAAUUAAGUUUUCACGUAAUACAAGUAAUUACAUGUACAUGAAAGCUUUAAGCGUAUAAAAAUCCACGUACAAUUACUAGUUAUCAGUAAAUAAGGAUUAGGUGUUUAGUGGUGUACAUUAUAGAAGUAUUAAACAACGUAAGCACUCACUGCAUGUAAGAAGCAGAAUCGUCGAUUACGCACACAGUAUCCCUUUCUUCGCCUGUUUCCAUCCCUUAUAAUACAAGCAAUCUAAACAUUUAUUCCUAACACACAUACCUUUGAAGUUUGACCAGUUCUUCUUAUGAGUAUUGAAGUUUUUUAAUAUCUCUUCGACGGCACGAGAUUUGGAAAAAUAUGAUGAUUAAACGCAUUCGGGUGAUAUUAACAAUUUGGGGCAUGGUACCAAACCGCUAAAAUAAGCCAGAUAUAUUACUCCGCGAAAAAACAACGCUAUACUUUGACAGGUCGGUGCUUUCAUCGAGAAAUAAAGACAUUGAAACAGCAUAGAUUUAGUAGUGACCAAACUAUUGGUAUCUUGUAUACAUUUGAAUAUAUUUUUCUCUCCAAAUUGCACACUCAUGCGCAAUAUUAAACACAUAAAAAUCUUUCGAAAUAUACUAUUUAUCUUCUCGUUAAUCUUGUAUUCAUUUGAAAUCACCAUUUUAAAAAGAUGACUUGGUGCUAGCUUGGUUUUUUUGGGGGGGGGGGGGGUUAGUAUUGUAAAUAUCAUAAAUCAUAUGCAUUAGCCACGGAGUUUCUCUGCAAUAUCUUCCGCUUAUUGUGGACAGUAUUUCUACCUUACAACGUGAUCACUAAGGUUUCUCAUCAAAUAUGUUUACUUACGUAAUGUAGUCCAACUUUUUACACAGGCAAACUCAGACUGGGGGAAUAAACCCUAGACGAAAAUAUAUGUAUCUCCACGUGAGGAGCGCAUGUGUUUAACCGGCAAGAACAACAAAAUUGUCUGGUUUGGAACUACCAGACAUAAAUGGAUUCAAAAUGCCAUAUAAACAAAAAUCGUCUGUAUGGAAAUUGAACAUUCCGGACAAAAAAUGCUAAGGAUAGCUAGAUCUGAACUAGAUCGAGGAACUUCCAUUAAUGAGGGAUUGUGACGCUGUCGUGGAAUGCCAGUGUAAUUAAACUGACAAAGCUAGUUAGUAAAAUGGGCCGGGACAUCAAAACAAGACAAAUUAACAAGAAAUGACGCCUAAGAUACAUGCAGGACGAACAGAUUGCUGUCAAACAUUGUCCCUCGAUAAAACAAUGCGUUAGUUUCCAUCGGGCCAACUAAGAUGGUAGCAUUUUAAACAAUGUAAAGUACAUGUCGUCUAUGGAGUGAAACUCUUGACAUUAUACACACUUAUAGAAAGCAGAAUUCUGACAUUGUGCUCAUUUAUAGUCCGAGACAUGUAAUAAUUAUAGUGUAUACAGAACUCUGACAUUGUGCUGUAAACACUGUAAACAAUUAUAGUGUAUACAGAACCCUGACACUGAGCUGUAAACAAUUAUAGUGUAUACAGAAUUCUGACAUUGAGCUGUAAACACUGUAAAUAAUUAUAGUGUAUACAGAACCCUGACACUGUGCUGUAAACACUGUAAACAAUUAUAGUGUAUACAGAACCCUGACACUGUACUGUAAACAAUUAUAGUGUAUACAGAUCCCUGACACUGAGCUGUAAACAAUUAUAGUGUAUACAGAACCCUGACACUGUACUGUAAACACUGUAACAAUUAUAGUGUAUACAGAACCCUGACACUGUACUGUAAACAAUUAUAGUGUAUACAGAACCCUGACAUUGUGCUUUAAACACUGUAAACAAUUAUAAUGUAUACAGAACCCUGACACUGUACUGUAAACACUGUAAACAAUUAUAGUGUAUACAGAACCCUGACAUUGUGCUUUAAACACUGUAAACAAUUAUAGUGUAUACAGAACCCUGACACUGUACUGUAAACACUGUAAACAAUUAUAGUGUAUACAGAACCCUGACAUUGUGCUGUAAACACUGUAAACAAUUAUAGUGUAUACAGAACCCUGACAUUGUGCUGUAAACAAUUAUAGUGUGUACAGAACCCUGACACUGUGCUGUAAACACUGUAAACAAUUAUAGUAUAUACAGAACCCUGACAUUGUGCUGUAAACAAUUAUAGUGUAUACAGAACUCUGACAUUGUGCUAAGAUAUAGUAUACAGAUCUCUGACAUUGUACAAAUAUGUAGUGUACACAGCUCUGACAUUGUACAGAUUUAUAGUGUGGACAACUCUGACAUUGUACAGAUUUAUAGUGUACACAACUCUGACAUUGUACAGAUUUAUAGUGUACACAGCUCUGACAUUGUACAGAUUUAUAGUGUGGACAACUCUGACAUUGUACAGAUUUAUAGUGUACACAGCUCUGACAUUGUACAGAUUUAUAGUGUACACAACUCUGACAUUGUACAGAUUUACAGUGUACACAACUCUGAUAUUGUACAGAUUUAUAGUGUACACAACCCUGGCAUUGUACAGAUUUAUAGUAUGGAUCACUCUGACGUUGUACAGAUUUAUAGUGUACACAACUCUGACAUGGUACUAAGAUAUAUGAUGUAUGAUAUUGAGACAUUUUUACAAAUUUUGUUGUUGAAAUUGAAGGAAAGCUACAGAAAUAGAGACAAAUAUGGGAAGCAGAAGAGUUUUUUUAAAGGGUGAUAUCACUAUAAUACGUAGGCGAUGAUAUUUGGAUUCUGUGUGUUUGUAUGAAAGUAUAAAGAAUUAAUCAAGGGUUUGCAAACUGUUUUGUUGAUUAUAAGAUGGUCACAACAAUAAGAAGUUAAUCUUCAGUGAACAAAAGGUUGAGCCAGGCACUAUUUACUUGUCUCUAUAGACAGCACACCAAUGGUCUCCGUCACCAUUGGCAAUUACAGUAGCAAGUCCCAAUAUUUGUCCUCAUCUCACAGAUGCUUGCAGGAUAUCACUCUGUGACAAGGAAAUUCAAACUCUCCUGAGACUUGAAGAGAAGCAAGUGCGAUGGAGCUAUCAACAGAGAUCAUUGUUCAGACUUUUUCUAUACAAAAACCCCUAGUUCUGAACUCGGCAACAGGUGAACUUAAAUAACCGGCCAUACCUCGGAUCGAAUAUGUUUUUAUCACGAGUGUACACGUACAGCUUCUCUAUGUGAUAUACAAGGGAUGUUAAUGGAAUCAUAACACCAUUUUUAUUGUUAUAUUUGCCGUAAGGAUUGUGAGCUUUAGUAAGGUGCAGUAUCCGUAACCUGCCCAGUGGUCUAUUGAUUGGAACGUCCCUGUAUCUCGGCACCCACUGCUCAUCAGCAGUCAAAAGUUACCGUACCAGUCUAAUGGACUCACCAUAAUGAACUACACAGGACGGUCAAACUGCCAGAACCUGUCAUGGCUGAAUGACACUGAUUCCAUCUAGAGAAUUAGGCGUUGUAGGCGUGGUCAGUACCGAUCAGAUUAUCUAACAAUUAUAAUUGCCCUUGUGUGGUGCGACAUUCUUUUAAUUAGAUUGAUUUUAAUACAUUCGGUUGUGCCACGCCACUACCGAGUAGUGAAUAUUUGAUCGGCAACAUUCAUCAUUUAUAUAUACUGUAGAAAGUACCGCGAUUGAUCCGAGAUUUUCACAGUGGCUUGUACAGACGAAUAGUUCAUCUAGAAAAUAAAAAUGAGCGAUCCGUAAUUUACCCGGAAAAAUCUACCGGCAUUUAAUCAGUGGCUUACACGGUGUGCAGUUCUCGUCGCCCCAGACUGUGUCUCGAUAGUUUGUAUACGAUUGAACAAUAAAGAUCUAGAGAACGCAUUGGGUGUGGAUGGGAAGGUAGUACCCGCUAAUUUCUGUGCAUUUGGAUGUGUUUCUAGCACUAAAGAUGUGUUUUUAAUCACUGAAGCCGGAUAAAACCGUGUUCUUCAGUAUUGUUCUGUAUUUAGGGAGUUGAAUUAUUUAUCGGUGUGUGAUGGCAACUCUAAUAUGAACAUGGAUAUACUAAUGUCCUAUUUGGUACUGGCAUUCACUACCUUGGUAGCCUGCCCGUCUCUUGUAGAGGGCAGUACAGACCCGUUGGAGAUUAAGCUGGGUGUUCUGAUCCCCGCAGUCAGCGACAAGGAAGACAUUCCGGAGAAAUCCCGGGCCCUGACGGCAAUACAGAUAGGACUGGAGAAGGUCCGGCUGGAGGGAUUAGUGAGGGAUGUUAACUUCACAAUUAACUAUAAGGAUUCAAAAUGUUCGGGCACCCAAGCACCCCUGUUGGCGAUGGAAAUGUAUUAUAAGAAGGAGUCCCACGUGUUUUUUGGUCCAAUGUGCACCUAUGCUACCUCCCCCGUGGCCCGUUAUUCUCCUUACUGGCAAAUCCCGGUUAUUACGCCCGGUGCCCGGGCAGACGGCUUCAAGGAUAAAGAUGAAUACAAACUACUGACCCGGAUGAGUGGGUCCUAUUCCAACACGGCAGACGCUGUCCAUUCCAUCCUGUCUAACUUUUCUUGGAAACAAAUCGGAAUUAUUUAUCACAAUAACAAAGUCAACACGAAUGUGGGGGAUGCUGAGACGUUUUUUCUCUGUAAGCCUGUGUAUGACAAACUAGACAAGUCCACCCACCAGUGGUCGUCCCAGAUAGAUGUCAAUUACAUGGACCAGUUCAACCUGGGCUCCAUACUCAGGGAGGGCAGUGUCAGAUGUCGAGUUGUGGUGCUAUGUGCAUCUGCAGACUCCGUGAGGGACAUCAUGAUAAAGGCAAAUGAGCUGAAUUUUGAUAAUGGAGAAUAUGUUUUCCUCAACAUCGACCUUUUCAGCAGCAAGGAGGACAGUGAAAAGCCAUGGUACAGGAAGAACGAUACACCGGAGAGGAAUCAGAGGGCCAAGAAAGCGUAUGAGGCACUCAUGACCGUAACACUCCGGAAACCAACGAGUCCUGCCUACCGGAACUUUUCUGAGGAGGUCAAACGGCGAGCCGGAAAUGAUAGUUUCACAUAUGGUGAAGACGAGGUGAAUAGUUUUGUCGGUGCGUUUCAUGACGCAGUCAUUCUUUAUGCCUUAGCACUGAACGAGACUCUGGCCAAUAACCGCUCCAUAACGAACGGGACGGAAAUCACCCACCGGAUGUGGAACAGAACAUUUGAAGGAAUCACGGGAACAGUCAGCAUAGACAGCAAUGGCGACCGAAACGCCGACUACUCCUUAUUAGACAUGAACCCCAAAAAUGGAAAGUUUGAGGUGGUAGCUAAUUACUUUGGUAAAGACAAAAAAUAUAUGCCGGUCCCCAACAAGCAAAUUCACUGGGCUGGAAACAGGAAGUCAGCACCACCCGAUACACCUAAGUGUGGAUUCGACGGUGCCAAAUGUCCUCCUGAAAAGCCAUUCCCUGAGUAUGGCAUCGUUAUCAUUGUACUGGGAACUCUACUGGUGAUAGUGCUGGUGGCGGCUUUUUUUAUAUACAGACAUAUAAAGCUGGAGGCCGAGUUAGCGGAAAUGAAUUGGCGCGUGCGGUGGGACGACAUAAUGUUCGGUACCAUGGAAAACGACCGGAAGAUGAGACGUCAAGGCAGCAAUCUCAGUCUCACUAGGCGAAACUCUUUGACUAGUGAUUGUUCCGGUGACACUAUUGCCGUCCAUCUUAGUGACGUAGUUCAGAGGCAACUCUUCACUAAAACUGGAUACUACAAGGGCGCCAUUGUAGCGAUCAAGAGAAUCAACAGAAGCAGCAUAAAUAUCAGCAAACCACUACUGAUGGCCGUGAAGAGGGUCAAGGAUUUGCAGAACGACCACAUCGUGCGCUUUCUUGGGGCGUGUAUAGACCCGCCAAACAUGUGUAUAGUGACGGAAUACUGUCAGAAAGGAAGUCUACAGGACGUCUUAGAAAAUGAACAAAUUAAACUGGAUUGGAUGUUUCGCUACUCGCUCAUGCAAGACAUUUUACGGGGGAUGUCCUAUCUUCAUAGCAGUGAUAUCCGUUCUCAUGGUAACCUUAAGAGUACCAACUGUGUAGUGGACGGUAGAUUUGUCCUGAAAAUCACAGAUUUUGGUUUGCACGCGAUGAGGACACCCGACCCAGACGUAGAGGAGGGCUCUUAUGCAUAUUACAGAAGUUUCUUGUGGACGGCACCGGAAUUACUCCGCAUGCACCAGAGGCCAUCGGAAGGGACCCAAAAAGGAGACGUGUACAGCUUUGCCAUUAUAUGUCAGGAGAUCGUAUACAGAAUGGGCGUGUUUUACCUGAGUAAUUUUGACAUUGGGCCUUCAGAGAUAUAUGAAAAAGUGAAAAAUGGAAUAAAACCUUAUUUCCGACCGACGUUAGAGGAGUGUGAUUGCCCCUGUGACGAAUUGGCUGACGUCAUCAGACGUUGUUGGGCGGAAGAUCCAAUGGAGCGACCGGAUUUCCAGGCGCUGAAAUCCAUCAUCAGAAAAUUAAACAAGGAUGGAGAUAAAGGCAACAUCCUUGACAACCUUCUGUCCCGGAUGGAACAGUAUGCCAACAACUUGGAAGCGCUGGUGGAGGAACGAACGGCGGACUAUCUGGAGCAGAAGAAAAAAGCCGAGGACCUCCUGUAUUUGAUGCUACCAAAGUCGGUGGCCUGGCAGUUGAUUCGCGGAGAAUCCAUCGCCGCGGAGAACUUUGAAUGUGUUACUAUUUACUUCAGUGAUAUUUGUGGCUUCACGGCCAUGUCUUCAGAAUCAACACCAUUCCAGGUUGUGGAUUUGUUAAAUGAUCUCUAUACAACGUUCGACACCGUUAUUGAGAAGUUUGACGUAUAUAAGGUUGAAACUAUUGGUGAUGCUUACAUGGUAGUCUCUGGCUUACCAACGAGAAAUGGAAAUCUGCAUGCACGAGAAAUCGCGAGAAUGGCAUUAAAUCUCUUAAACGAAACUCUGUCUUUCAAAAUACGACACAGACCAAAGGAGCAGUUAAAGCUGCGAAUUGGCGUCCAUUCAGGGUCUGUCUGUGCCGGUGUAGUAGGGAUGAAAAUGCCGAGGUACUGUCUCUUUGGUGACACCGUCAACACAGCCUCCCGGAUGGAGUCCAAUGGACUGCCAUUGCGAAUCCACGUCAGCCCGGACACCAAAAAAAUCCUGGACACGUUUGGAACGUUUGAGUUAGACCUUAGGGGCCCGGUGGACAUGAAGGGAAAGGGCACGAUUACUACGUACUGGUUAACUGGGGAGCGCGUGGCGCCCGUCACUACAGUCAUUGACACUAUGAACGUAGAAUCUCCACCAACCUACGAAAAUUGCAUCAAUGAAAAGUGACAAUAUGCUGUAAUAUUAAUUGUGACCUUUAAAGCGUCAUUUAAAAUGACGCCAUGUGAAUAACUCCUGACAUGCGACUUUAGUGUCGCUGACUCGGGUCUCAGAACCAAUCAAAUUGUGAUAUUUUCCAUGACGUCAUGUGUCUGGCUUGAUGCUGAUUUUACAUUUCCGCUGUUACAUACGUCAUCAUCCGGGGCCCAAAAGUCUCAACCAAUCGAAUGAUGCAAUAUGGCCACCGACCGGAGUGUCAUCACGUGCUUGUUUGUGAACUUGUUAUUUAUUGAAUAGAUUUUAUCAUGUCAUUUAUUAAAUUAUGUAUAGUAUUUGUUGUACUGAAAAUAGAAUGUGGAAGAACUUUAUUAGAAUAUAUACAUAGCAUUUUUAUUUAUUUAUUGUGAUUUGUUUUAUAGAAGUUUAUUUAGAAUACAUGUGACAAUUUUAUGGUGGUAAGCUUUGCGUUAUACUGCUUCCGUGGGUUUUUUUUUAGUACCGUGAUUCUUAAACAAUAAAUUGUAGUUUGUGAGAGAUCGGUUUAACAAAAUCCCGUCGGUUCAUAUGUUGUAAUUAUUAAAUAUGAGAUGGGUAUCCACCCAAAAAGUACAGAAAUGUGACAAGGAAUAUGAUUGUUAGCUGGAAAGCAAGAGUGGACUUUCUAGAUAUUGUGUAAACGUACGUUUUUAUCUCUACAAUAUACUUUCAAACAUCUAAUUAUACGGUACUCUGUAUUACCGCCACGUCUAGCGGAAGUUACAUCAUACUGCUGAUUUUGUUAAAGAAACCCCUGACACACUGUCACGUUAUCUGGUCACCUGACCUGUUAAUCCUUUUUGAAUGAGUCAAAGAUUGGUUUACACGUAUACCUGCCAAUUGUAAUUACAAAGAUAAUGUUAUUGUAUCGAGAGAGGUUAUGGAUGUAGUCUCAUCUUUUGGUUGUUAAGGCGGGUGUGUCGAGUUUUUUCCCACUAAGUAAACCCCAUAGUUUGCUAUACAAGUAUCAUGUACAUGUAACCAUCAUGGUAUCUGCACAUCUAAUAGUGAAAGGAACACUGUCAAAUGCCUGAACUCGUCUUAUUAUAUAUAUUGUGUGUGUGUGAGAGAGAAAUAAACUGUUCCAAUGUAAUUGUA